GGAUAUAAUGCACAGUGAUUAUAGCAUGACAACACGACUCGUUCUACUCGACUGACGCCUCGGGAGAUACUUGGGUGUUUCACAGGUAAAUCAAUACUCGAAGUCGAUUUUCCAACAAUAGUUCAGCCAGGUUUAUGUAAUCAGGAAAUAAGAACGAGUUGCAGCGCUUCUGCGCAGUCGCGGUUACCUGCCGCGCCAUCGCAGACCAGCCACGCACUCACGACAAGUGCUUCUUCGUCAUCGUUGCCUGUGCCACUACCGGCAAUGAAUAAUCAACAUCCCGCAUCAUCAGUGGCAGUGCCAACGGUUCUUGGUUCGCAGUCGCUACCUGUGGCGCUACCGUCAAUGCUGAACAAUCAAGUACCUGUGAUACAACCACCAGGGAUUUUCGGCUCGCCAUCCUUACAACAUGUUGCAUUACCACAGAGCAACCCAGUGCCGAUGAUAACAACAAGGCACGGCUCGCGGUCAUUACCUGUUGCAAUGCCAGGAAUGCUGAGCAAUCAAGUGCCGACGAUAGCACCGAGCCCCUAUGGGGUUGGCUCACCUGUUGCACUACCGUCACUGAGCAAUCAAGUAUCACCUUUUGCACUACGUCCUCAUGCAUUCAGAGUAGAGACUCUCGUGAAACAAGAUGGCUCACAAGAAUGGCGACAGUGCUCUCAUCCGAUGUAGCUCAUCCUCAUGCCCAAGCGACGAGGACUGACUUGUGCGUCCACGCAAGACAUGGCACUGUCUACCGAGUGCGAUGCUUUGCAGAAAAUGGCAUCAGAGCAUUCGUGACAUGCCACUUCGAUAAUUGGUGUGUCUUGAUGAGAGAGUCCGAACAUCUACCGACUUGUAGUGCUGAUAAACCCAGAGAGUUCGUCGGAUUUGAAACCAGCAAGGAGUUCGACCCGACCACUGGCUGUCGGAUCACGGACUGCAAAGAAUUUGUCUUUCAGCUUGAAACUGCGGCAUCUCGAGGAGCUGCCACGUCUUCGUCGGGGUCUUGUUCUCCCCCAUCUUCCUCGUCCUCUUCCGAUAGCUUGUCGCCUGGAACUGGCCCAUCAAUUGUCGUAAACUUCUACAGCAUGCUGGAAAAGAAAAGUGGCAAGGGCAAAGGCAAGUGUCAACACUUCUACAACAAAACCAUUUCACACUUGGCGGAUCGCACUUCCAAACGUUCUCGGGAGAGCGGUCGGAUGCGGCUUUGGGGUACCCUAAUGCCUCUCCAGAAACUUCCUCGACUAUGGGCAAGAAGAAGAAUGAAAAGAAGGAUGCUGGUUCUAGUAAAAAAAAAGGCAUUCCCAGUCUUUUUUGUACAGGCUUGGGCGAUAUGGUGCAACAAACUAGCGGAGGAG